GUUAUAUAAACUUGAUAUGAUGAUGAGGGACCUCAUUUAGCAGACUAACAGUGCCACCUGGAGUUGUAGCUUGUCUUGGAAGAGAUAUGUGAGGCAGCUUCACCAUGGCUGAAGAACGGAUUAAAGUAAUAUUCGGCCACCUGGGCCGCACUAAACAAGCAGCUGUUCUCCCACAGGCCAUCAGCUCUCUGGGUCUCAGCAAGGGCAAUGAGGCAGCCUUCCAGUACACCUUGGACAACCCUCGCCUCACCCAUGCUCAGCGGGAGUUCUACGAAGAGAAUGGCUUCCUUGUUAUUCCAAAUCUUGUGGAGUUUGACAAAAUUGAUAGAUUCAGGGAGAGAUUCCUAGACCUGGUUGAGGGGCGGGUGGAGACAGGCGGCAUGACCAAGAUGAAGGACGUUUCCCUCAAAGGAGUUACUGGAGUGUCUGGGGAGCGAGUGGUCAACAAGAUUCAGGACUUUGUGUGGGAUGAAGUUCUUUCUGAGCACUGCCAGCUGCCCCAGGUCCUGGACUAUGUGGAGUGCUUCACGGGCCCGAACAUCAUGGCCAUGCACACCAUGCUCAUCAACAAGCCCCCCGACCCAGGCACCCUCACCUCCCGCCACCCCAUGCACCAGGACCUCCACUACUUCCCCUUCAGGCCUGCCAACCGCAUCGUGUGUGCCUGGACUGCCAUGGAGAAGAUAAACACUGACAACGGCUGCCUCUUUGUUGUUCCAGGGUCCCACAAGGGAGUCCUGGAGCCUCAUGAAUACCCUGAGUGGAUAAAUGGUGUCAACAAGAUGUACCAUGGAGUGAAGGGGUAUGAUGAUGUUCCCAAGACAAUGCUGUCUAUGGAGAAAGGAGAUACUGUCUUCUUCCACCCAAUACUCCUUCAUGGCUCUGGAGACAACAAGACACAGCACUUCCGCAAGGCCAUUUCCUGCCACUACGCUGCCUCUGAGUGUGAGUACAUUGACGUUCGAGGCACGUCCCAGGAGAACAUUGCCAAGGAAGUAGAAGAGCUUGCCAGGAAGCGAGGGGUUGAAAACUUAGAUUUCAAGGAUCUUUGGAGAGUCAGAAAUCGUUUGGUGCGAGGCGUUAAAGUCAAUCUGUAGUGCUUCCUUGGCAUGUGGCAAAUACCUCUUGAGGUUGAACAUGUAACCCUAAUACAUAAUCUGUGAUUUAUUAUGCUCUUCAUUAUGAUAGGUAAACUCUUAGUUCAACUAUUCAUAUAAAGAACAAUGCAAAAGUACAUAAUAUACUCUGUGUAUUAUGUUAUUCAUUAUGAUGGGUAAACUUUUAGUUUAACCAUUCAUAUAAAGAACAGUGUAAAAGUACAUAAUACACUUUGUAAACAUAUGCAAAUAUCACUUUAGUUAAGCCACUUCAAUAGGUGUGUUUUAUCUGAGAAAGUCAUGUGGUCAAGCACGGAUCUUUGCUCACCUCUCCUUCAUCUUAUAUUCCUUCCUUCUAAUAAAUCUGGUGAGUAAGCUUGAGUCAGUUUGUGAAAUUAAUCAUGCAGGAAUACCUUAUGUGUGGCUGAUAGAACAUAAAUCCUGCAUUUGCAGAGUAAAUACUAUGUAAGAUUGGGUUGUAUAUUGCAAAAUAUAUAUUAUAUAGUAAA